UUAUUUUAAGAAAUGUGUUUGUGGAAGACAAAAGCAUAAAUCUCAGUCAUGCCAAUACACAGAAACUUAGAAUGAUGCACACAUAAUAAGCACUUAUUUGGUGGCAGGAAGUGCAGAGUUAUGGUUAGUGAUGCUAAUGACUUGCUCGCUGAUGUACUGCAUUAGCUAACUCUUAAAGAGCAUUAUUUUCUGCAAUAUUGUUUUUGUUAAGUAUCACAUAAACCACUAACUGAUUGCCUGUUAAACCAAUUAAAAGUUUGAGAUGUAUAACAUCAGAAAAUACUGAAAUAUUCUAAUUUUCUAAGCCUGAGGUCGCAUCGUCAGUUUGCUUAUAUUUACUGCUGCAAAUGCUAAAGAUAUUUGAAAAUCAGUGCAGUUAAUAUUGUGCAAAUGUUUGGGCUGUUUCAGAAAAUGGGCUGAACAUUGCCACUUUCUUAAAAACACACAACUGCUGUGGCACCAGAUAUUUACAGACAAGGACUGUUGUUGUUUAUUGGUUUGAUUUUACCCACCAGGUGGCGCCAAAAUAGUAAGAUUAUCUGUAAGGUUUUGAUCGUACCUCCAAGUUUGACAUUUCUUUUUCUUUGCACUUCUCUUCUCUGCCUUCUGUGUGCUCUAAAGUAACAACAUGUAUUCCUUUCUGUUCUUCAUUUAGCUCUUUCUCUCUCCUUGAAGUCGAUGCCCUCUGUAUCCAGUUGAUUCAUAAUAUCAGAUCACAUUUCCUCUGGCCUUUUGUCUAAUGGGCUUUUUGCAGAUCUCCUGAUUGAGAUGGCAAGUGAAAUAUUUGUGUGUGCACAAGAGAAGUCAAGGUUACCCUUUGAUAUGCCAUCUGAUUCCCAAUAGCUAUAUUUUCUCCACAUUUAUCUGAUGAAGACGAUGUACCUUUCAGAUAUGCGUACACAGCUGCAGGCUGCGCUCUUUAGCUGUUGCCUUCCCCAAAGUGUCCCCUUGUAGCAGUACUGUAUGACUAAGCAGAAACAGCUUCACUAGUACAAUGAUUGAUAUCUGAUACUUUGUGUCUUACUGAAUGCUUUCCGAGAACUAUUUAUCUCCAAGAGUUGAUCAAAGUAUGUUUGAGAACUCCAUUGCGCAGCAGCAGAGUCCCCAGACCUCGAGGCCAGGGCCGUCCUCGACCCGGCGCGCCGCGGCGAUGACUAAUUCCAACCCGGGGUCCAGCUGCGUGGACUCGCCCUCCUCUGGAGGACAGCAGAGGCUGAAAAAUGCCAUUAACCUGGGCAAGGCAGUCGGGGCAAAGGUCAAUGACUUGCUAAGAAGAAAAGAGCCCAGCAACCUCGGAGACAUUGGGGUCACGGAGGUCAACAAGAAUGUUGGUGCAGUUUGGAGCUGCAUGGAGCAACUCAGUCAGACUGCUGCCAGCAGCCACAUCACCUCCUUUGACUCCUUCCCUCGGCUGGACCCUCCACCCCCAUCGGGGAAGAAGCGCCUCCCUCGAGCACUGAAGACGACCCAGGACAUGAUGAUCUCCUCUGACCCCGUGGUCUCCUCCCCCGACCCUGUGGAUUCUUCCUCCUUCCCUUCCUCCCCUGAGAAGACAUCCCCCAUCACUCAGGAGGAGAUAAGGAAUGAGGAGGAGCAGCAACAGGGAAAGGAGGAGGACAAGAGGUCAUCGGGCCCAGCAGAGAGGAAACCCGGAGCUGAUUCUGAGACAGCUGAGAUCAAUGACAACGUGGAUACAGUGAUAGGUGGAGAAGAGGAUGGCGUAGAAGUGGGAAGCGCUGAUGAAGGCAUGGAUGAACACGGGCUCCAGCUCUCUGUACCAGACCUCAUCAAUAAAGAUCCCACUCUGGAGUCCAAAGCCAAACAAUGCGACGUCUGGCAGAAGGCGCCGGGGCCUGACUCGCGGCUGGCCUCUACUCCCUGCUCGGGCAAAACUCCUUGCCGCAUCAGCCUGGGCGAGGAUGUCCUGCUGGGGAAUGGCGCCCCCUGUAGCAAAGCCACUGGAGGGAGCACUGAAGACAUGGAGCACCAUCCAGACCUGCUGUCGUUUGAGUAACACACAGAGCUGCGGCCAAAUAACCAGUUCAGUAGAUUUCAAAAAGCAUUUGAAGUUUUUCUCUUAGUGUCCAUCCCAGAAAUGUGUGUGGAGGUAAUUCAAACAGACUGCAGCGAGUACUGCAAAUCAAAAAUUCACUGCCACUUUUCAAUUUUUCAACUCAAUCUUCUCUGGGCUUUACUUUAGGAAAAGGGAACACAUACUUCCAGAACCAAGGGCUCUUUAUCUUUUUUUAAUCUGAUUUCUGGAUGUGGGAUUAGCUGAAAGGUCACGGUAAUUACGCCUUGCUUUCUAACACGGCUGAUCUGAGGUCAGCUGGGCGCUUCAAGAAUCUUCUUAAUGAAUGAAAACAAAAACUGACCAGCAUGAGACAAUGAAUGAGCAGCAACAGAGGAAAUAGGCGGGACUCUUUUUUUGUGCAGUUUUUUAAUGCUUCUGAUUUAUUCACUGUGUAUUUCUUAUGUAUAUCAGGUGUCUAACAUAUCAUGUCUUCCUCAGUAAUGUAAUGAUGAUGUAACAAUGAAUGUUUUAAGUGAGAUGAAAUAUCCUUUAAAUGGGCUAAAAUGUUACAGGCAGUUAUUGGCAAGUGUAACCACAAACAUUAAAUUUUAUAUUAUUUUAUCAGUAUUAAGAUAAAACACUAUUGUAUUUAGCACCACGAUAUUUUCGCUCUAUUUAAAGGGACAUUUCAUUGCAUUUUUGGUAUAAAUCAUACAAACGCUGCUGCAGCUCAAAGUUAUACAGCAAUAUAAUGUACAUUUAGACUCAUUUAACAUAACACUCAAGUGUUAGGAGUUAGGCGCAGGCUUGGGAAAAGAAGACGGAAGUGAGGGGUGGAGAGGCGGAAAGGAUGUGAAUGUGUAAGAUGGUAAAGCAUAGCGAGGAAUUUCCUUUCAGUUCAGUCGAUAUGAAAUGUCACGCAGCACUUUCUACUGAGGAGGGGGACGCCUUUUGACCCUCAGCUUCACCCUAAAGAAAUGAUCCCUGUUUGUUCUUGAGCCAAACUGGAAGAGAACUUUCUCCAAAAUGGAUUUUUGGAACACACUUAAACUUUUGAUUCAGUUAUAUUUAUAUAGCGCCAAAUCACAACAGCAGUCACCUCAAUGCGCUUUUUCUUGUAAGGUGAAGACCCUACAAUUAUAGAGAGAAAUCCCAACAAUCAGACGACAUCUGACGAGAAAGCACUUGAGUGAGAAGUGAGAAGGAAAAACUCCCUUUUAACAGGAAGUAACCUCUGGCAGAACCAAGCUCGGGGAGGAGCAGGGGGCGGGGGGGGAAUCCAGACCUACAUGGCCCUGUGUAAAAAAGCGUUCGCCCCCUAAACCUAAUAACUGGUUGGGCCACCCUUAGCAACAACAACUGCAAUUAAGCGUUUGCAAUAACUGGCAAUGAGUCUUUUACAGCUCUGUGGAGGAAUUUUGAACCACUCAUCUUUGCAGAAUUGUUGUAACUCAGCAACUGUUUGCACCAUAAAAAUUUGUUUGCCUGGAAAGCGAACUGAUGGAGCUGUGCGUUUGGAUCCAGGCUCAUAAUUUGACCAUAACUGAAACACCAACAUGAUAAAGAUUUCCAAAAUCAUCUUCCCGCUGUGACUGAACUGAAAGCGAAUUCCAGUGACCUCCACAAAAUCCUGAUGGAGAGUCGAAAGAGAGACGGGUGGAUGGAUGGCAGCUUUUGGAGGGAGGGCUGCUGGAAAGUUGUUUCUGAGCUGAGGAGGAGCAGGAUAAUUAGCUGUCAGCAGAAAGAGAUGAAAGAGGUGCGUUUUUAUUCGAGCAGAUCAUUAAGUGACAGACCAAAGACAGAAGCGAUUGGCUCAGUCAGACAUGCUGUUUUUUGUCACAUUAUUUUAGUGAGAAAGCAGGAGCAAAGAUUUCUGCAGAAGAGAUUCUCUCUCAUUUACUUUCACUUCAUCGGCUCUGAAAAAAAGAACCCAAAGCCUGUGUAUUAAUACCUUUGUCGUAGCAGUUCACAUGCUCAUUUGAAACCUUCUGACUCAGAAAGGGUUUUUUUUAUCACUGUAAGAGUAGCACAAUCAAGUUGCCAUGGUUAUUGUAGCACAAGCAAAGCUGUAUUUUUAUAACACUACUUUUUGAGCAUCUGUUCUGCAGAUCUGUGCGAGUGGAUUAAAGUGGACUUUUGAACUGUGGAAAGUGAACACAAAGAUCCCAAUGCCCAGACACUGAAAAGAACCCAUUUUCUGCGAGUGGCCUCAGUGAGUGACCUGCUGUCCUUGUAGGGAUACACUGACUUUAGAAAAUAUCAAAGAGCUCCCAGAGGACAGCGAGACAGAGGCACAGCCAGCGCUAGUCGUGGUCAGGUCGUGCCCGGCAGAAUGAGAGGAAUGUUGGAGCUGAAGUGAGACAGAUAAAGGAAGCUUUGUCUCAGUCUGUCUCUCUCUGACUUGGUCUUACUUACUGCCAUCUACCACCACAAUAAAGCAGCUGAUGUCUCCCAUUAAAGAGUUAUUUCACCCAAGUCACAAAACAUAACUGUCCCAUUAGCUUUAGCAAGCAACCUGCAGGAUACUGUGGAGAUUUUCUGCUGUUUUCAGCACCCAGAGCAUUGCUCAUGAAGUGAGAGUGGCAGAUGUGACAGGUGGAAAUGAAAAGUAGCUUCUUUUUUUUUUUAAAAAAAGAAAAUGUGUAAACCGACCCUUUUAGGUAGAUGCAAGAGUGAAAAAGUAUCAUUUACUAUUACAAAAAAACAUAACUACUGACAAACACUGGUGUACAGCAUGAGCAGGGAAAAUAUAGCCACCAUUAUUAAAAUGGGAUUCUUAAACCAAAGCAGUUUGUUAUAGAGGAUAGCUAAGGCUUCACACUGCUCUAAGCACUCUGUAUGAUGUCAGAUAUCCCUAAUAUGGUCAUUUAAGUCCCACCCACCUACUGUACAAACUUACUGUUUGUGAGAGGCAACCAAUCAGAAGGAAUGUGGCUUAAAGUGAGGGGAGGGCUUGUUUUUUAACAGUGUUUGGCCUGACGAGCUGCACCAGUAUGAGGUAAAUAAGGAUUUUCUUGAACAGCAAAUAUUAUAAAACCACUAGAGUUGAAUAUAAAUCUGGUGUAUGAAACGUGAGCAGAAGCCCUGCCCACUUUAAAUGGCUCAGAAAAACUGUCUGUCAAGUAACGACCAAAGCUGAUUUUUUUUUUCAUGUUUUUUUUUUCAUGUUUAUGUAGAGCUCAUCAGUCCCUAAACGAAACAAAAACCACCCUUAAAUAAAAAUUGUAACUUGUAGGUCGAUGAUAAGCCAAGUGUCUCUCAGCACGGACAUAAUUGCUUCGCACGUGGAUGAACCACUUAUCAGAGAGGCUUUGAUUUGAUCUAACAAACACGCAGGAACGGAUUGAUAACAGCCACUCGGAUUGAGUCAGAAGGUAAAAGCAAUGCAACGCGAUCAUUAGUUCAGAGAAUGCAUCGAGCAGCUUUACGAGUACACAAACACUAAAAAGCUGAAUUCUUUUAUUUGCUGAUGAAGGAGGAGCAGUGUACUUUUUAUGGAAAUGUUGUAAGGCUAUUUUGGAAAAUUCUGUGAAAACGCUAAUCACUUUGUUGCUCUAACAAAUGAAGGAAAGAGAUUUAUUUUGAUAUAUAGUCAGAGGCAAUCUGCGUUAUUUAGCUGCUGCAGAAUUUGAUAAAUGGAGAGGGAGAAAAUGACCACGCUUUGUCUGUGACGUCGUGUCUUGCUUUUGUCUUUUCAACGCUGGUCGACAUGAUUUCAGCAGACAUGAUGAAUGAAGGAAGCUGAGUGCUGCACGUGGAGGCUUUUUCAAAACAAGCCUGAAGAAGACUGGGACCUUUUAGCAAUUCUGCUUUAACUGUUGCAAAUUAUGUGACUGUGUCUCUUUUUUUUAUAAUGAAAAAUCAAAAUGAUUUAAUAAUUUUUUGGCUUUUAUCCUCCCAAUGUAGUUUUUUUUUCUAAAGUGGGGAAAUAAUUCCUCCAAUGGCUGUAAUCUUCUGAGAAAACAAAUCUGAAAAUAGACUUAAUCAUGAACCUCUUUUUGUCUUCUGUGUCUUUUUAAAAGCUUAACAAGACCUUUUCUUCAUCAUUUGUUCUGGGGAUGGUCUAUGUUUUGUCUUUCCUUCGUCUCACGCCUGCCACUCAGCGACUGCUUGCACAGAGCUCUCAUCCUUAUCAGUUUUGGCUGAUUUUCGCUUCCAAGUUUCUGUCAGCGUCGAUAGGCCCCUGACGCUCUGUUUGAUGGAUCAUACGCUCGGAGAGUCGCGGCGGUGGCGGGGAUUCUAGAGCGGAAACCGCUCUGAUGUUUAAUUCAUCCGUGUUUGUCCUAAUUCGUGAAACUCCUGGUCACUGGCCACCACUGGUGUAAACAACCAGUCGGCUCAGACGUGUGUGCAGGUCUUGUUGCUGUUUAAUAAUUCAGACGUGAUGCACUUAUUGAUUUUCUACAAAAGAACCCAGACCUUCAUGCAUAAUGAAUCAUCUAGGGCGCGAGAUAGCUGGGUGCAGUUUCUCGACCCAACAAGUUUCUCUCCGCUGUGUUCUGCUGAGUUUCUCAGCUAGUUUUGUAUAAGGAAGCCCCCCCAGCAGUAUGAACGAAGGUCAUGCUGCGGUUGUUCUCGAAAGAUUGUUUAAUUUUUAUGUAGUUACUCAAACUGAGAUUGAGCUGAGAUACUCUGCAUAGCUUGAGCUUACAUUUCACAUAUUACAGCUUGGUAGCAACAUAAGGCUCGGGGGCCUGAGUCGGCCUACCAAAGACUCCAAUCUGGCCCACUCAAUUGUAGUAUGACAGCAUAUAUUUUAGACUUUUAACUGUGUUUUUAAAAGUUUUACAGCUUUUCCUGCUGAUUUUUCUUCAUGACUUUACUCCUACACAGCACACCAUGCUAUCUUGCAUAGAUAGAGCGCUUUAGGUUGAAGUUGUAAAAUGUUGCUUUUUUUGUUUCUUUCUUUCUUUGUUUCUUUCUAUGAUUUUUCAUAAGUAAUAGAUCAACCUUUAAAUGACACAACGCUCCUACAGAAAUGUAUGGUUUUUAUAGUGGGUUCAGCUUAAAAAAAAUAAAGGGCAUCAAUUA